AUGAAAACAACACAUCAAAGAGGCCACCACUUGCAAACAUACUGUUGGGAAGCAACAACCUCAACUUCAAAAGAAACGGUGAAUCUAUCCCGACCACCACUCUCGGAGAGCAACACCAUCUAUGACCUACCUCCUUUACCGAACGGUGGCUUCAAGCACAACGACCUCACUGAGAAGGAGAACAAUCCAGAAAUGGCUGAGAGAUUGCAAAUACCCAAGAGAACAGGAAGAUUCUCCGUUUGUCCAAAACGUAUCCUACCACCUCCAGCUCCAAGAAGGAGUUCUCUUGCCCUAAUGCCAUUCUCCCAUUCACAUCAACUUCGCCGUUGA